AUGACAUUCACUCUGCAUAGUCAGACCGAGGUUGCCCCACCUCCCGUCACCACGCCAAGCCCGACCUCAGAGGACCCGCAUGCACGCAUGGAUAGACUUGAGCAGAGGUUGAGGCAGUUGAGGACUUCAGACAGAGCCAUUACUUGGGAGGAUCUUGAUGGAGCACCAGUGGCCAGUUUACCGGCCAGGUUCAGGAUGCUAGAGAUUGAGCGAUACACGGGGAUUGGGUGCCCCCGCAUCCAUUUGAGGCUUUACAGUAUGAUCAUGAGGGCUCAUGGAUUGGACGAGGCUCAGAUGAUUAUGCUUUUCCCCAUGUCCUUGAAUGGCGCUGCACAACAUUGGUUUGCUUCUUUGGAUGUAUCACGUCGUCGGACUUGGGAUGAUCUGGCCCAAGAGUUCUUGAGACAGUAUGCAUUCAAUACUGUCGUCGACGUAUCGAGAAGGGAGCUCAAGGCUCUUAGGCAGAGAUUAGACGAGUCAGUUUCUUCAUUCAUUUCCCGUUGGCGCGGGAAGAUUGUCGAGAUCAUUGAUAGACCUUCACAGAGAGAUCAGAUACAGAUGGUCUUGAGGAGUUUACAGCCUAGGAUCGCUAGGCACAUAGUUGGGGUACCAUUUGCAGAUUUUGGCUCAUUGGUCCUGGCUUUAUAUGAUGUCGAGGACGGCAUCUCGAGAGGAUUAUGGAAGAAUUCUUCUCCUAGUGAUAUUAAGGGAAAGAAGCCCUUUAUAGGACAGAAGUCAGCAGAUGUGAGCACCAUUGUUUCUUCCAGUCAGAGGCCUCUCAGGCGCCAUCAGCGGAUCCCAUAG